AUGGCAGAUGAUCACAAGAGCACUAAGUCGACUGUGAUCGACCUUCCUACUGUCAGCUAUCGCGACUUGAUGCUUGGAUCUCAGGAUGCGGCCGUAGGGCUCUUGAAGGCAGCCAGCAUAGAUGGGUUCUUCCAGUUGGACUUGAGAGAUACUCCUGCGCAGCAGACCGUUCUGGACGCUCUACCCGUGGUCUACAAGGCUGGAAAACAGUACUUCGCACAGUCUCCGGCUGUGAAAGAGCAAGACCGACGACAGGCGAACAAUGGUACCGACAGAGGCUUUACGUCUUGUCCGUCUGACGAGGACUUGGAGCUAUCGAUUGACGAAUAUCGAGCUGGAAACCCCCCUUUCCCCGCGGUGCUACAGGCCAAGCGCGAAACAAUUGGCAACUUCAUGGAGUCUCUAGAUCAAGCCUGCCGGGUGAUGCUGGCAUCUUUAUCUGCAUCGUUGGGCCUGCAGGAAGGCGAGUCCUUGGACCAAUAUCACCACAAGGCGGAUACCAGCGAGUCCGGAUUGAAGUUCGUCAGUGAACCGACGCUGGCUCGCAUCGCUGAUGUAGCCGACAACACGCACACCGAUGGCGGCACCUUCACCAUCAUCUUCUGUAAAAGACUGGGCCUCCAAACGUACCUUCCACGCACAAAGGAAUGGGCCUUCGUCCCUCCUAAGGAUGGCUGUUGCGUUGUCAAUGUCGCCGACGCUCUCAGCCGGUUCUCACACGGUGUGCUGCACUCCCCGAGGCACCGCGUUACGCAAGUCGAAGACGGAGCGGGCGAGCGCCUCUACUUGUCUCACUUCCUCCGUCCAAGUCACAAGUAUGCCGGUCCAUGA